UUUGUGUAUCUAACCAAACAAGAAGUUCUUGGACUGAGUACUGCUGACUAGCCUGACUCCGAAGUCCAAAGUCCAAAGUCCAAACAAUGAGUUUAUUAUAUUUCAUAUUGAUUAUCGUUUUAGUUUUUAAAUUUUAUUUUAUUAUAAGUGUUGUUUUACAUUUUUAAGGUAAAUAUUAAAUAUUUUUUUCAGUUUUUAUUCUUACUCUUAGCUCAAUAAUCAAUAAAAUUAAAUAAAAUCAUGUAUUAAAUAGAAGUAAGAUAGUACAUUUAAUCAUUUUUUUAAUUCGUGUGCAAAAAACUUAAAUGACAUUUAUAAUAAAACGAAUGGAGUAUAUGUUUUGUGAAUAAGCCGAAGACUAGGUGACACAUUGAAAAAAGAGAAAUCAUUUUCCAUGUAUUUGAUUUUCUCUUUGUUGUAGGGAUCUGAGAUCAUAAUUUAUGUUUUGUUUCCUUUCCUAUUUAAAGAACAUGAUCAAUAAAUGAAUACUAUUUUUUUUGAACAACUAAUAAAUGAAUAAUUAAUCCAUCAAAAACAACGGCUAUGGUUCUCUCGUUUAUACUUUUACUGUUACGUCAAGGUAGCAGCCAAGUGAGUUAAGCCUCUUGCGCAUUGAUCUUUGACAAUAUUGUGGAUUCAAAUUUGUGACUUAUUAAGACAAAAGGUUAAUGGUUGAAAAAACGAGGAUACUAACAUUAAAUGGACAUGAUUCACGUUGGCUAUGCUGCCUGGUGCCUAUCAGCCUAUGCAAUAUACACAAGAUCAACGCAUGUGGCUAUGUAUUUUAGUAAUUAAGCGAUUGGCUUUAAACGGGGUAAAUUACUAGUCAAAAUUCAUUAAUGAAAAUAUGUUGCUUACCGUGUACCUAUGUCACAUAUAUAGCAAAUGAACAAAAAAAAGUUUGUGCUAAGGUAAAAAAAAUAUCAUACUAUUCUGCAUUAUGUGUGAUCUUGUGUUCACACUCUCCACAAAGCAUCCACAUGUUACAUUCAUCGUCAAACUCCGAGUAACUGUAUAAGAUCUAAAAUUAAGUUAAACUGAAAAAUGUGUUGAAAGGUUAACAAAGACAGACAAUAAAUUAUAAAGAUCAGGGAACCCAUAUGGGAAAACAAUAUUUGGAUGAUUGGAUAUUGUAGUCCGUAGAAAUAUAAUGUAGAUGGGUGGAGUAGAUCAACAUGUUUACGGAACGUGACAAGUGGAAAAUAAUACGGAGGAGAUAUUGGGCCAAUGAUCACACCGAAAUGUUUUUCAAAUUUCCCCUAUAUUAAAUAAUUGUUUCCUUAUACUUGAAUGUUUUCUUAACUCAGACAUUUGAUUACUCAUAUUUUUCAAGUUCAUGCACUUUCAAUUGGCGUGCCAAUGGAGAGAAACAGUAAUAUAAGAUGAGAUGAGACGAGACGAGGGGUGCAACUGGAAUGCUAUUUUGUGGAAUAAAACUCUUUGGAAUGGAUUAUUCCACAUGUUUCCAUAAAAUGUUUACCAGUUACCAUGAAAACGUUUUAGAAACAAUUCCAUAUAUUCCAUUUUUGGAAUGGAACAAAAAAACAAAUCCUUUGUAAAUGUUGUUCCUUUUAUUCAGGAUCAUAAUCCUUCGUGAAUGAAUGGAAAAUCAUUCCAAAAAUAUUUUCAGUUUUUAUUCCAUUUAAUCUAUCAUUCCAUUUUUUCUUAUUCCAAAAAUAAUCAUUCCUUUAAUUCAUAAUAUUCCUUAUAUGAAUAACCAGUUACACCCGAGAUUUAAUUAACUAAAUUGUAGAGUAUAUACUUAUCAGUAGUUACUUAAUUAACAAUGUCAAUGGAAGGAUCAUGUUGCGCCGUAUCAAUACUAACUGGCAUGUUCAUGUUCAAGGAUCCAAUUUUGAAUGUGAGUCCAUCUUUCCUUACACCAAGAAGAAUGAUGCUCCUAAAAUUUAUGUAAUAUCGGAUUACAUAAUCCAGAUUUUGAAAGUCAUUCAAAUUUCCGCUGGAAGAGUUUUGUUCUAAAGGAAGUUAAAUUAUAUGGUUUGUAUCUAGAACAAAAAAAAGUUUGUAUCUCGUUUAAGAAAAAUGUACCGGCAUAGAGAUUCAAAAUCUCUUAGGCAUUCAAACAAUAUAAAUUUCAAAUAUUAUUUGUGUAUGCUAUAAUAAUGGUGUCUAGUGCUGAUCACAUGCAUUGCAAGAUCUCAAAAAUAUGCUAUGCUUAAGUUCACGUAACACAUUUAUUACGUCUGCAUAUAUGCUUUGCUGCAUUUAUUGGUAAGGACAUCAUGCUGUGUUCAUGCUUCUCUUUGAUUGUCACGCAUUUGUACACAGUAGCACCAUUGUGGAUAUACAUACUUAUAAAAGUUAGCAUAGACCCAAAAAUUAGUAAUUGACCAAACAUCUACGUGUUGUUGGAGACUGAUUUUGAUAAACAAUUUACGCCUAGUCAGUAUCAUUAACCUUUCGUUCUAGGCUUCUAGCUCGCCAUUAGUCUAGAUAUGGAUUUUACCGGUUUAGAAGGAAUUGCUAUAUUAAUUCACAUAGGGGAUUCAGCGCAUGUCCAACAUUUUCAAUUUAGUCUUAAUCCCCUAUGCGCAUUUCAAAUUCUAUGUCCUUAUUACUCAUGUAAAAAAAAAUUUAGUGUUCUCUUUGCAGCUAAAAUUAUUACUUAAAAUCAUGAUAUCCUAAGUGGUCGGUUCUUUUGCCUAGGCUCCGGACCGGGCCUGAGGGGAUUAUACGUCUGACAAAAACAUAAGACUAUAUAAUAUCCUUAGGAAAGAAAUCAACACACACGCAUCUAACCAUAUUAUAUCAUUUUACAAGUAGUAUGUUUCUGGACUCCGAAACAAGUUGGCUUGGGAAAGUAAACAAGACCUUCGUUCUAGAUCUAGUACAGUGAACAUCAUCACUUAAGCAAAUGUUGUUAUCCGGGCGAAUAAACAAGUAAUCUGAAGCAAUGCAUAAAAAAUGAGAAGUUCAUUGUGUCCAGAUCUAGAACGUGACACCACAAAAGUAUAGGCAUUUUGUUGUGCUAACUCUCAAGGCUCAUGAAUAUCUCAUUCAAGACUAACCAACAAUAAAAAAAAUUAUUAUUAAAUAACAGAUUCAGCUACUGAGGGAUUAAUAUUGUUUCCCAUGGACUAUAUUACCGAUUCAAACUAAACAAAUUUUGCAUGAGCCAUGAAUUGCAUAUAUUCCCGCCCAAUUAUCCUGCAGAAUUUUCUCCAUGUGACACUACAAUAAAUUCCAACUGUCACAGAUAGCUUUUGAUUAUAGGUUUCUUCUCAACUUGAUUAAUGUUCUUGUUUAUUACCGAAUAAAAACAACACUUCUACAUUAACGUAUCGUGAAGCCUUCGUAUGUAUUUCCAAACUAUUUCAAAACUAAACAGUAUAACUUUAAAUAUCAGACUUUAAAUGUUAAGAAUUUCCUUUUUUGAAAAAAAUGAGUUAAUUUGAAAAGAAACUCACUAAACAUGCAUUAGCAUUCAUAUACAUAUGCAUAUUGAUAACUUAAAGUGACAAUAUUAUCUUGCAGACUAUUAUUCGUACAAUAACAAUGUGUACACAAAGAAUCCAUAAGUACAUAAUGAUUAAAUAACUUGGAAUCAAGUAAAACUUAGGUCACGUUUAUUUUAAUGCACCGCGUUUGACGUGAUUAGUCAUUAAUACACCAAUCCUCCGAUCUAUAACAAAAAAAUAUGUUCUCCCUGUAUAGUGUAUAUAUAUAACUCUCCAUUAUUUCUUCUAAAUCAUUACAAUCAGACAAAGCCAUCAAAAACUAGGAAAAGAAAAAUCUAAGAUGGCCAAAAAUAUCUCUUUUCCUUUAGUCAUCAUACUAUUUUCCAUUGUUUUCUUUCUUAUUAACUCGUCCAACGCAAUGCCUUCGUUUAACGUACAAAGAUACGGAGCUAGAGGUGAUGGACGAACUGAUUCAACCAAGCCAUUUUUGACGGCUUGGUCAUUAGCCUGCCGCUCUAGGGCUCGAGCUAUGGUCUACAUUCCCCGUGGAACAUACUUGGUUAGAAACCUAGUCUUUUGGGGUCCUUGCAAAAGCCAUAUUACUUUCAAAAUCGAUGGAACGCUCGUGGCUCCGUCGAAUUACUGGAGUAUAGGCAAUUCUGGUUACUGGAUCCUAUUCGCUAAGGUAAACCGGAUCUCGGUUUCUGGUGGAACCAUUGAUGCUAGAGGGGCUGGUUAUUGGUCUUGUAGGAAGAAUGGUGGUCAUUGUCCUCAAGGUGCAAGGUCUAUGUCGUUUAGCUGGUGCAACAAUGUACGACUAAGUGGCCUAACGUCAUUGAAUAGCCAGAAUAUGCACGUCACGGUUCAUCAUUCUUCUAAUGUUCGUAUUCAAAACAUAAGGAUUAGGGCUCCAAGUGGAAGCCCUAACACCGAUGGUAUCCACGUCCAGUCUUCUUCUGGAGUCACCAUUAGUGGUGGAACAAUUGCGACCGGUGAUGAUUGCAUUGCUCUUAGCCAAGGAUCUAGGAACAUAUGGAUCGAACGCGUGAACUGUGGACCUGGACAUGGAAUCAGCAUUGGGAGUCUUGGGGAUUACGUUAAUGAGGAAGGCGUGCAGAAUGUAACCGUCACGAGCUCUGUUUUCACCAAGACACAAAAUGGAGUAAGGAUAAAAACGUGGGCUAGACCGAGCAGAGGGUUUGUGAGGAAUGUGGUAUUUCGUAAUUUGAUUAUGAGGAAUGUCGAUAAUCCAGUGAUAAUAGAUCAAAACUAUUGUCCUAAUGGAAGAGGCUGCCCUCGUCAGAGCUCUGGUGUGAAGAUAAGUGGAGUGACGUUUGCAAACAUAAAAGGAACAUCAACAACACCAAUAGCUAUGAAGCUGGAUUGUAGUAGAAGCAAUCAUUGCACAGGAAUAAGGCUACAAGACAUUAGACUUACUUACAUGAGAAGAUCAUCAGCUUCUUAUUGCAGGAAUGUCCAUGGACGAAGAUCUGGAGUAGUGAUUCCAAGGAACUGUCUCUGAGUCAGGAUUCCAAGAUUUGACAAUUGGGAUUCUAUAUAUAAACCCCAAGAUUAAUUGAUGGGUGUAGAUAUCUUAUAAGGUGAUGUUUGUUUGAUUUGUCUGAUGUUUCUUAACCUCAGAUUCAUCUGAAUUAAAAUGUGUUGAAUUCUUUGGUGUGAAUUGAAAUGAAGAAUAGCAGUGAUCUAUUCGGUUGUUCUCUUUAUCAAUGUGGUUGUACCAAUUCUGUUUUUGCAUGAAAUUUCAUAUAUGAAGCUGGUUGUACAAAUGGCCAUUUAUUUAUAAUAUAUAUAUAUAAUAAACAAUUUUCAAACAUAAAUCAAAUUUAUUAUUUGGCGUCCAACCAGACAGAUCAAAAUGAUUUAAAAAUAUAUUUAUAUGAUUAAAAUACUGGCAUUACAAGAACAUUUAUGAAGGCAGAUCUAGAUU